UGUUUCUCUCCUUUCCACUACUCUCCCUCCAAAACAAAAAAAUCAAACAACGCCCAAGGAACAACGAGUUUGAAAUCCCCCAAAAAACAAAAAAAAAAAAAAGAGAAAAUUUGAGUUUUAUCGGUGGGGGGAAAAAAUAAACAAAAGCGAUAAGUUUGUUUCUUAAACCUAUGAACAGUAAUGGCGAAUCGAAGCGGCGACAACGGGAAAUUGGAAAGGAAGAAGACGAUGACGAUGAAUUGGGCGGGGUUAGGCGAGGUUGAAGACGACGACGAUCACUUUUUCGAUAGCUCUAAUCGUAUCUCCACCGUUGUGCCUUUGGAUUUAGCAUCAUCUUCUGAUGAGGAAGAAGGUGAGUUUGAUGAUUGUCGGAUCUCGUUUUCCUCUAACGUAUCUUCCUCCUCUCGCGCUGCUCCUGCGCCGGAUAUGUCGCCGGAUUAUGACAUUUGGAUGUCGGCCCCGGGAUCUAUCACGGAGCGUCGUCGUCGGCUUCGUAAUGGAAUGGGACUUGAGUCUAAGAAGAAUAUGCUUGGAACUAUCUCCAUCCAGCGCGUGAGUGAACCUACGACGGCGGCGGCGACGGCGACGGGUGAGUGCUCCUCAGGUUCUCGCGUUGCGGAAUCGAAGGUGGAGGAGUUAGAUCAUAAUUCUCCGGUGGAUCAACGAGUUCAUCGAUCUCCAUCGAUGUCGGUUUUGCUUGUACGGUCGAGAUCUGAUUCCGAUAUCGAAGCGUCUUCUGCUGAGAAAAAGAGGAAAGAAGAUAUGUUAGGGAAAACCUCGAAAUCGCGAUUAACUAGAACCGCGUCUGCGAUUGCAGCUCCGUGUGCGAGGAUUUGCCCCUACUUCACCCAAAAGCAAGCCUCGCCGCAGAACGCACCAAACGGCCACCAGUCUCAGGGGCAACGUAAUGGAGUGUUGCUAUCCUCCGUAGUUUCCAAUACUCGUUUCAGCGCUUUUUUCUUGAUUAAGAAUCUUGAUACUGGGAAAGAGUUCAUCGUUAAAGAGUAUGGUGAGAAUGGAAUGUGGAAUCGUCUUAGUGAUUUGCAAACUGGUAAACAGUUGACAAUGGAAGAAUUUGAGAAAAGCGUUGGAUAUUCAUCUGUUGUUAAGGAUCUUAUGAGACGAGAGAAUGCAAAUUCAACACUUGAUUUUAGGAAAUUUAAUUCGUAUGUGUCAAAGAGUUUGAGGGUAAGUAAGAAGAGAGGAGCUGCUUUGUUAAAGAACAUAAAAGGUGUUGCUCAUUCUAUGAGCUCCUCUAAGCUUUCAGAGAAAGACAAGGAUUCAAAUGGUGGUAGCAGUGGUACAAGCAGUCCAAAAGUAGUGGAAAAGAACAAUGAGCAAGCAAAUCAAUGGGUAAAAGUGAGGCAUUCAGGCAAGUCUCAUAAAGAUUUGAGUGCUUUGCAUUUGUGUCAAGAGAUUCAAGCUCAUCAAGGAGGUAUUUGGACUAUGAAGUUUAGUCCAGAUGCACAUUUAUUAGCAAGUGCAGGGGAGGAUUGUAAAAUCCAUGUGUGGGAGGUUCAAGAAUGUGAAAUCAUGUCAAUGAAUGAAGGGAGCUUGACACCGAUUCAUCCAUCCAUGUCUGGCUCUACAGAUAAAUCAUGUACAGAAGGUGAGGCUGCAGAAGUGCUACCUGAUAAGAAGAAGAAAGGGAAAGGUUCAAUGAAUAGAAAAGGAAAUCAGAUACCAGAUUACGUCCAUGCUCCUGAAACUGUGUUUUCAUUAUCAGAUAAACCACUUUGCUCUUUCACCGGUCACUUGGAUGAUGUUUUGGAUUUAUCAUGGUCACGGUCACAGCUAUUGCUUUCAUCUUCCAUGGACAAAACUGUGCGGUUGUGGGAUAUUGAAACACAAAGUUGUCUAAAACUGUUUGCCCAUAAUGACUACGUUACUUGUGUGCAAUUCAAUCCACUGGAUGAAGAUUACUUCAUCAGUGGCUCCCUUGAUGCCAAGAUCCGUAUAUGGAAUAUAUCAAACCGUCAAGUAGUUGAAUGGAAUGAUCUAAAGGAAAUGGUUACUGCGGUUUGUUACACUCCUGAUGGUCAGGCUGCAUUUGUUGGUUCAAUUAAUGGGAAUUGUCGGCUUUACAGUGCAGAAGAUUGCAAGUUAGAUCAAACAAACCAUAUUGAUCUUCAAAACAAAAAGAAAGCUCAAGCUAAAAAGAUCACAGCUUUCCAGUUUUCACCGAUUAAUCCAUCAGAAGUGCUUGUAACUUCUGCUGAUUCACGCAUUCGGAUUCUUGACGGUACCGAACUUGUUCAAAAAUUCAGAGGCUUCAAAAACAUUAACAGCCAAAUGACAGCAUCCUACACAGUAGAUGCUAAGCACAUUGUCUGCGCAAGCGAAGACUCACAGGUUUACGUGUGGAAACAUGAGGAGCCACGACUAGGAAUCACUGGUAGAAAAACCGUCAACAUGUGUACUUCUUACGAAACCUUCCCUUGCAAAGAUGUUUCCGUAGCAGUCCCGUGGAAUGGCGUUGUAAAAGGCGAACCACCAUCUGCACAACCCCAAUCUAAAAGAAACCCGAAAAAAACUACAACUACCCCAGAAAACACAACCACAAGUAAAAAAUCAGGCCUCCCACCGUUACCUAAGAAAAACAAUGACGGCACCACAGAUGGAGCAACAGAACAACAUCAAGAUGACGAGUCAAUGACGCAUAAUCCACAAAACGAAUCAGAGAACAACACAGGAGAGUCAUUAAAACAUGGUGAUUCACCUUCUAUAUCAAUCUCCUCUCGGAUUUCUUCUUGGUCUUGGUUUGAUAGUAGUGGCAGUCAUUCACAUACGAUUCAGCCAACAGCUUGGGGAAUGGUGAUCGUUACAGCCACGAUCAAGGGACAAAUUCGAGCUUACCAAAAUUUCGGAUUACCCCGUAGAGUCGGUCGUCAAGGAUCUCUGUUUUGACGCAACCGUGCUCAAUUUUUGUAUAUACAUAUUACACGGUGUAUUAUUAUGUAUAGCUCUCACAUAUUCAUUCAUAGUCGACUGAGUUUAAUUUGUAUACUGUUCUUGUCGACCAAAAAAAAUUUGUAUACUGUAUAGUCACAUAAAAGAAGAAGGAAACUUGAUA